AUGAGGACCCUACAACAAGCGCAAGAGGGGGAUGCCAGUAACAAUUCCGUCAUGCCAGGGGAAGCAGAGGGAACUAAUGGUGGAGCACAAGGGGACGGAGAUGCAGAAAUGUCUGAGGUGAGUCUUCGGCCAACGCACACUGACAUUUCCACACCCCAGAGCAGCAUCUUUGUCGACCAUUCCCCAGCUUCAGUGUCCAAUCCUGCUUUUCAGACAUUCAUCAACAACAGUCUUUCCAGAGUGCAGUGCCAGAUUUCAGUGUCGGACAACGAAGAUGAUUCAGCAGCGCCAUCUGUUUCUGGAGAGCAUGGCACUGAGUCAGAGGAAGAAUUAAGGGAUGCGCAGUCCCAUCUAGACGUGGGGGGGAGAAGGGAGGAUAUGGAAUCAUGGGAUGAGCAGGCUGUCGCCAGAGAAAAGAGGGAAGCAGGUCCGAGAUUGUAUGCAAUGAGCGAAGAAGACAUUGAUAAGAUUGGCCUAUAUAGUUGGAAGGUCGAUCACAACAUCUCACGAGCUGCAUACAACAGUCUUCCAGACCAUGCCAACAAUAUACCGUUCAUCUCCCUCAAAGAGGCACAGUCUCUAAUCGACAAUUAUUCAGACACCCUUUGCGAUUAUUAUGACAUGUGCAAGCACUCUUGUCUUUGCUUCGCCGGCCCUUAUGCUAAAGAUCAGAAGUGCUCCAAGUGUGGUGCAGACAGAUUCGACCGAAACGGGAAACCAUUCCAAAGGUUUUUGUACAUCAAGAUUAUUCCAAGGCUUCAGAAGAUGUACAACCACCCAUCAACAAAGGAAAGACUCAUGUACCGAGACAAGAGCACCCGCGAAUACGAUAACUCCAAUAUCCAAGACAUAUUUGAUGGGAGUAUGUACAGAAUACUCUUGGAAAAAGAGAUUGAGUACUUUGCCGAUGACAGAGAUAUUGCUCUCUCAUUCUCAUCGGAUGGGUUCUGCCCAUUUGACAAUGGCUCAGGGACGUGUUGGCCUCUGGUGCUUUUCAAUCUCAACCUACCACCAGAAGAAAGGGUCCAUACCCGCGAGAUACUGUCGGUGGGACUCAUCCCAGGCCCUAAAAAGCCAGAAGAUUUUGAUUCUUUCAUCUACCCAUUAGUGGAGGAGCUUUUGCAACUCACAGUUGGAGUGCAUACAUGGGAUGCCGAUCUGGGAAGUUUUUUUACACUCAGGGCACAUCUCCUUUAUGUUUCAGGGGAUACACCUGCUAACAUCCUCAAACUUCAAGUUAACCUUUUCUCAGGGGCUGUCAAGGACUUGGCUGAUGAGGACUUUGUCCUUACUACUCGUCAGUGGGCAGCUGUUGGCGAAGCAACUGCUGCUGCCGGUGCGACAAUCCCCUCAUCAUUUGCCGCUAGACCACCGGACUUCGUCAAGAAUAGGCAGGCAUGCACAGCUGACACAUGGUCUUUUUGGCUGCAGUAUAUUGCACCGGUUUUGCUGGAUGGAUUACUUGAAUCAAGGUUCUACAAGCAUUUUAUGCGGUUUUUGAGCCUUUUCAGAGAAUGCCUGGCCUAUGAGAUGCCGAGGGAACGCCUUGCGGGUCUGAAGACAGACUGGAUUAAGUGGGGUGUGGACUUUUACCGUCUCUACCAUGAGAACAAGCCUAGCCAUCUCCAUGUUUGUUCGGCUCAGGUGCAUUCAGUCUUUCACUUCGGUCUAAUUAUCGAGAUGAUGGGGCCCAUUUGGGUAUCGUGGCAGUUUGCAAUGGAAUGUUAUUGUGGUGAUCUUGGCCGAAAUCUAAGGAAUAUGCGACACCCUUAUGCUAGCAUGUCCCAGCGGAUUUUGGCCAAGAGUCAUCUACAACACAUUGCGAACAAAUACGACCUUCACUGGGGAGGUAGAGGAAGGGUGAGCGAUGAUGAAGCCCCUAAGCGGUAUGAGACGGUCUUGCCGUCAUAUGCGCAUUAUGCUUUGUCCUCCCCGACCAAUGACGCCCAAGGCGUCAUCCGACACAACCUGAUGAAUAAGCUCAUCAACACGAUGACCACCCAACACGAUAUCCCACCGACUGUUGAGCUUAGAGCUUUAGUGUCAAAGGGAAAGUUGAGGGUGUGGAACCGUGUUCGAGUGUUGAAUGGUGGCGAUUCCAUUCGUGUGUCGAGGAUGGAUACAGCUGAGGAGGACAGAAGGUGUGCCUCCUUUGUCUCGUAUAUGGUGUCUAUCGACUGGAAUAGGCGCCAUCCAACCAGGCAUGUCGAGUUUGAGGACCACCUAUGUUAUGGUGAGCUCCUGAACUUGAUCACCAUUGACCUCCCCCAUCACCCGAAAUCCUCCGACACCCCUCCUGUUACUCUCGCCUUCGCCCACAUCAAACCAGCGGUGUCACAUAAGCACCGUAUUGGCAACCAUGAAUGGAGCUAUUAUAAAGAGUACCAGGCGGAGGAGAUGGUGGAUCUGGCCUCUGUCAAUGAACUGGUUGGAAGGGUUAAGAGUAUCUCAAAACCUGGCACGACCUAUAUAAUUGACAGGGGCACGCCCUACAGCCGCGUGUCUUUGGUCUUCCAUCAUCUUCCAUCAUCUUCAUCUUCAUCUUCAUCUUCAUCUUCAUCUUCAUCUUCAUCUUCAUCUUCAUCUUCAUCUUCAUCUUCAUCUUCAUCUUCAUCUUCAUCUUCAUCUUCAUCUUCAUCUUCAUCUUCAUCUUCAUCUUCAUCUUCAUCUUCAUCUUCAUCUUCAUCUUCAUCUUCAUCUUCAUCUUCAUCUUCACCCUUGUCACUUAUAUUCCUACCUACCGACUUGCUUUCCUGUAGCUACCCACCAUCCCUUCCCUGUUACUAUUUACUUUACCUCUGUCACGGCCACUCUCUUCUUUCGCCUCUGUUCCGAUUUACCUCAGUUUUGUCACGGCUCUUCUAUAUUUUUUCUUCAUUUAUCGUUCUCUCUUCUAGCCUCUUCUUUGUUUAG